GAAAAGCUUCCCGAUGAUAUUGUGUUGCCCAUCGUUUUCAUUUUAUCUAACAGCUGUCUUGGUUUGGUGUCAUUAUUAUUUUAUACCAACGCCAAAGACUGACAGAUGUCGUUAAUCUUUUUAUGAACAAUGACAAGUCCUACGAUCCCAUUACUAGUUAUGAGUUCCGGUUCACCUGGAUAUGGCACGGGUAACAACGAUAAUACUGUCAACGCGAACGACAGCAGCAUCAACACCCGGAAUGAAUCACCAAAAGACGUUCAUCAGAUUCGUCAGGACUUUAUGCAAUUACUUCGCGAAACGUCUUCGGUGAGCAGCAACUUAUCAUGGCCAGAUACAAAGGACUCCCUCAAGCAGGACCCACGAUAUCAGGCCGUGAGGGACGACACACUUUUAGAAAAGUGGUUUAACGAGUUCAGAAAGAAACGUCAGGACUUUAUGCAAUUACUUCGCGAAACCUCAUGUGUAAGUAGCCACUCAUCGUGGGAAGACACAAAGGAUUCCUUCAAGGAGGACCCACGAUUUCAGGCUGUGGGAGACGACGCACUUUCAGAGGAUUGGUUUAACGAGUUCAGACAGGUUCUUAUUCGUGAGGACUUUAUGCAAUUACUUCGCGAAACAUCGUGGGUUAGCAGCCAUGUAUCGUGGCGAGUCACGAAGGACUCCCUAAAGUGGGACCCACGAUUUCGAGCCGUGGGGGACGACAAACUUUCAGAGGAGUGGUUUAACGAGUUCAGACAGAACCUUAUUCGUGAGGACUUUAUGCAAUUACUUCGCGAAACGUCGUGGGUAAGCAACCACUAUUCGUGGCAAGACACAAAGGACUCCCUAAAGCGAGACCCACGAUUUCAAGCCGUGGGGGACGACAAACUUGCAGAGAAGUGGUUUAUCGAGGUCAGACAGGAUCUUAUUCGUCAGGACUUUAUGCAAUUACUUCGUGAAACCCCUUGGAUUCACAGCCAGUCGUCCUGGGAUGUCACACGGGAAGCUCUCCAGUUAGACCAAUUUAAGGCUGCGGCAGAUGUCGCACUUUUCGAGAAGUUAUUUAUCGAGUUCAAAAAGCCUCUUAAACGUCAUGACUUUAUGCAAUUACUCCGCGACACUCCAGGUGUUCGCAGUUCUUCGUGGGAAGAAGCAAAGAAAGCCAUAGAGGGGGACCAACGAUACGUGGCCUCGGGAGACGUCGCAGAUGAGAAAAAGUGGUUUCACGAGUUCAAAAAAAGUCUACCAUUUAAGAAAUUACUCCAUGAUACUCCGGGAAUCGAAAGAAAUUCAUCGUGGCAAAUUGCAAAGGAAGUUCUCAAGUCGAAAAAACAAUUCCUUGACGAGCAAGAAGACGCACUUCGGGAGGAAUGCUUCAACGAGUUCAAAAUGAAUAUGGUAGUUACAUUUGGGGGAUGUCGUGAGCAAUUAAGCGAUGCCAUAACACAUGGUCAGCUGGCCCUCAAGCACAAUUUGCUGAAAGAGUACGAAACACCGUCGAACGGCCCCUUUGCGGUUUAUAAGGUAGAUGAUUUCAUUGACAGAAUAAACUUCGCAGUCGAAGGGUACUACAAUAUGGAAUAUCAAGCUACGGGUAAUUUCAAGAUACUUUCCAUCGACCAAAUAGAUAUGAGCUUUAGAUACAUCGCAAGUUCGGAAUCCACUGUAGAAAUAAAAUCAUUGGGCUUUGAACCAAAAUACGGUCUGACAAACGAUACUAAGAACGGGCAUGCAGUGUACAAAUACGAUGUUUUGAGAGAGCUGGAACAUUACAACUUAACGGACGUAUUUGACAACACCCUUGAUGUAACUUUGACUGCGUCAUUGCAUUCGUUUCGUGUUCUAAGAAAAGGUGCCUUCCUAUGUCUACGGAUUCAGAUAAAUAUUGAGUACAGCGAUAUAGACUUCAACGGUGAAGUGGACAUUGAACUCCAAACUACCACGACAACAGCUGCUUGUCAACGGAUGAAUAUCAACGCAACUGAUGCGGCGAUGUGUGACGAUAACAGUCUGUACUUCCCUGUUCUUGUUGUUGUCGGCGUCACGUGUGUUCUUGACGGACUGAGUGUUUUUACUGGAUUAAUCAUGUUUUGCAAGUAUUGUGGCACGGCGAAUAUAAAAAACUUCGGCUCCCAUCUUAUGCGUUGGUGGUCUUUGGUGUCGAUUAUUGGAGAUAUCUUCAUUUUGUAUGGACAGAUAACGCUUCAUAAGGAAAACAACGAACGGGGCGAAAUGAAACUUCGGUCAUUUGAUGAAAUUGCUUUCUUCUCUGGCAUAGGUUGUCUGCUUUGUUGGAUGGGCGCCAUGCGGUAUUGGAAAAUCAACAGGAAAUUCUCGCUUCUGUUUCAUACCAUUUACUACGCAAAGUCAAGCAUUCUGGCAUUUGUUUUAUGCACCGGGACUCUAUCUAUUGGCUACUGGGCCUGUGCCUUUGCGACGCUCGGAGUUUAUCACCCAAAGUUUGAAACAAAAAGCCUUGCCGCCAUAUCGUUAUUUUCACUGAUGUAUGGGGACGACAUACUUGGCACGGUUACGUCUGUACACUACGAGAAUGCUGGGAGUGAAAUCUAUUUGAAGCUCAGCGUUAUUAUCGUCAUCUACAGUUUCGUUAUCCUGUUCACUCUUUUAGCACUGAACCUCAUCAUUGCUCUGAUCAACACAUCCUACACAACAGUUAAUGAGAUUGACCAAAAAGAUGAUGAAGACGGUGAAACCGUAUCAAUGUUUUGCUUUUUGAACGGAGAAGAGGUUCAAAAACGUCCAGAAAGAUUCCAUAUAUGGUGGUAUGGCGAGCGUUAUAAAUCGUGCUGUUGCAAUAGUUGUUUUGAGACAUAAUGACAAUGUGUGGUUAUAUACGAGAAAUGAAUUAAUGUAUUGUGAUUUAUAAACUAAUAAUGCUUACAUCCUCUGACCUUAUCCAUAGUUUAUUCAUAACUAAUUCCGCAUCGUAUUAUGGAUUACUGUAAUAAGAAAUAAUACGAAAAUAUUAAUUUCAUAUAUCAAAACAUGCUUGGCUACCUUUCUGUUUAUUGUUGUCAUUCCAAUGUUUGAUUUGUUUUAUUCUUGAUUGCAUAUUCGUCCAAAUAAUACUCAUCGUUUCAAAUGGUUGACUUGUACCCGUAAUUUUAUCAGUAUGUGAUACUAACAACAGUUAAAAUACUAGUACAUUAAAACUUAAUACCGAUAUGUGAUAGUCUUCAUGAACAUAUCUAUCAGUUUAUUUAACAAUUACAUCGUAUGCAAAAUCAUUUCGAAUGCAUCUGUUCUAUGUAGAGAUGAAAGGGGAAUUAAGUGUAAUCAAGCGCAUGUUUUGCGCUUUCAUAAAAACUAUGAUUUUGCAAAUCAAUUCAUUUGUAAUCGAGUGUGUCCUUAAUGAAGUUUUAAAUUCAUUAACUUAUAAAAGGUAUUAUAAUGCAAACAUUUUAACCAUUUCAAGAUAAAUUUGCAUUAACUUCGUAAUAAUAAUAACAUGUUA